GAUUGGCACACCGAGAAACUGAGCUGAACCCAACGGUCCAGACAGUUUACAGAGAGUUCUUGUCAAAUACAGUCAUUUUUGGUGCGCAGAUCAUCAACGCUCGAACAUGCUUAGCUGGAAGGGGUUUUUGUUUGUCGUGCUAGCGGUGCUACUAUUGGUGCAACUAGACACUGCCGAAUCGUCCCCGUUCACUGAUUUACAACCGACCGGACGACCCUCCGUGACGGGUCAGGUUUUGAAGAACAUUCUCCAGCGUGCCAUUGGCGAUAAUUCUUCCGCGGAAAGCAAACCAAGCAUCGAAAGCAGCGAGGAACGGUUCCGGCCCUCAGUAAGAAGUUAACGAUCAGCUUAUUAGCAUCUCGCUUGGGCCAUUCGGACAGGGCAUGCACCGGCGCGUCAUCCAACGCCACUGAUGAGCAUCAUUACCUCGGGGACGAAGUGAAUCAAACGUUAGUUAGUAGCUACAACAAAAGCACUAAGUGCAGUACAACAAGCGCUAUUUGCGAAUGCGCCCACCUAUUUUCCUGAAUAAGCCACAUCGUUCUAGCCCUUACGUUCAGUGUGCUACCAGUGCCGCAAACGAAUAAACAUGCCCGAACGAUGGGCGUUCUCGCUGGUGGUUGUAACAAUGCUUAGUUCUGUGCAUCGGUGCAAUGUGGUCGAAAACGUAGCUUCACCGGAAGGUCGUGUCGUCGGAAGCGAGCAAAUCGAGGUUACACAGUCCGACCUACCGUACGUCUGCUCCUUGCGCCUGCAGACAGGCCGUCAUCGUUGCUGUGCGACCAUAUUGAAUCCGAACUGGUUGUUAACUUCCGGUCACUGUACCGCCGAUCUCGCUCCCGAUGCCAUCGCAAUCGUUUGCGGUAUUCGCAUGUAUCGCAUCGUAUCGGCGGUUGUGCCGCAUCCAAACUUCGAUGCAUCCCAGUGGACGGGGCACGAUCUGGCGCUGCUUAGGACACGGAAUGCACUCAUCUUUACGAGCAACGUGCAGCCGCUUCCGUUGUACGAUGGGUCGGAACUUCCGGCGGGCGGGAAAGCUUCCAUCGUUGGAUAUGCCUGGUUCCGGUACGGGGAUGAGAGUGGAUCGAAAUGGCGCAAUCCAGCGUUGCAGAUGGCAACGGUGCCCAUACUAUCGUCCUGCGAGUGCCAGCAGCGUCUAGGACCGAUGCUGUCUACCUAUCUUGCAGACGUAAACAUCUGCACAGAUAACGCGCCUGCAACGCUACCGACGGUCGACGGGACGUCAACGUGUGUCGGCGAUUCUGGUGCACCGGUGAUGAUUGCAACCGAACUUCAGCCCUACAAUUUGUUUGCCAUUCCCUCGUGGACGGUUGCUCCGUGUGGAGCGGGCCCAUCAGUGCAUGUUCGUGUUGCGCCGCAUCUCGAUUGGAUUUUAACCACUAUCGGUAUCAAUUAAUGUCCGGUCGAGGAGAACACAUAACAAAAACCAGCUACACGAGACAUAAUCUCCAAAGCACGGGGAUAAGCUAUCGAUAUCACCCAGUGAAGUAGAUAAGAUAAAUAAACACUAAGCACAAUAG